CGGGCCGAGCUACUCAGCUCCGCGGCUUUACUGAGAAGCCUCAAAGCGGCGGCGAGGACCGGCCGCUCCGGGUGUAAAAAUCCGCGUACCCUCUAUUUUGUCGCAUGUUUGGUGACGUCCAAUAAUCGACUUGCUGUGAAGUCUCCGGGGCCGAGGCCUAGAGACUUUUUUUGUAACGCGUAAAAUUUUUUUGUUUCGAUGCCUGGAUUUCGGUGCCCGUUCUGACCGGGUGUGAACCGAUGAAGCACUUUAUUCGGUGAUUGAAGCGGAAACGGUCGGAAACGUUAGCCAGCUAAUUGUAGCUACUGCUAACUGCCAGCGAGGAAGUGAGGAGCGAAAAAAUGACAUCUCGGAGGUGGUUUCACCCCAACAUCACAGGUGUGGAGGCUGAAAACCUCCUGCUGACACGUGGAGUGGAUGGGAGCUUUUUAGCCAGGCCUAGUAAGAGCAAUCCAGGAGACUUUACGCUCUCAGUACGGCGAAAUGGAGCUGUCACCCACAUUAAGAUCCAGAACACAGGAGACUACUACGACCUCUAUGGCGGGGAGAAGUUUGCCACUCUGGCGGAGCUGGUGCAGUAUUACAUGGAGCAUCACGGCCAGCUGAAAGAGAAAAACGGAGACGUCAUUGAGCUCAAGUAUCCGCUCAACUGUGCGGACCCAACGUCAGAGAGAUGGUUCCACGGACACUUGUCGGGCCGGGAGGCAGAGAAGCUGCUGACGGAGAAAGGGAAGAACGGCAGCUUCCUGGUGAGAGAGAGCCAGAGCCACCCCGGGGAUUUUGUUCUGUCAGUGCGGACAGGAGAUGACAAGACGGACAGCAGUGACAGCAAACCCAAAGUCACUCACGUCAUGAUCCGCUGCCAGCAUGACCUGAAGUACGACGUGGGCGGAGGGGAGAAGUUUGACUCCCUCACCGACCUGGUAGAGCACUACAAAAAGAACCCCAUGGUGGAAACUCUGGGCACUGUCCUUCAGCUCAAACAGCCCCUGAACACUACCCGUAUUAACGCUGCAGAGAUUGAAAGUCGAGUUCGGGAGCUGAGCAAACUAGCGGAGGCCACUGACAAGGUCAAACAGGGCUUCUGGGAAGAAUUUGAGACCUUGCAGCAACAAGAGUGCAAACUGCUCUACAGUCGCAAAGAGGGCCAGAGAGCAGAGAACAAAAACAAGAACAGAUACAAGAACAUUCUGCCUUUCGACCACACACGUGUGGUGCUGAAUGACAGGGACCCAAAUGAGCCAGGCUCUGACUACAUCAACGCCAAUAUCAUCAUGGUAGUAUCUGCUGUCAUGCCUGAGCUGGACCCAAAGUGCAACAGUACAAAGGUGAAGAAGAGCUACAUCGCCACUCAGGGCUGUCUGCAGAACACCAUCAGUGACUUCUGGAGGAUGGUGUUUCAGGAGAACUCACGAGUCAUCGUCAUGACCACCAAAGAGGUGGAGAGGGGAAAGAGUAAAUGUGUGAAGUACUGGCCGGACAUGUCGGCUCUGAAGGAGUACGGAGCGAUGCGCGUUCGCAACGUCAGAGAGACGGCGGCACACGACUACAUCUUAAGAGAACUGAAGCUGUCUAAAGUUGGACAGGGGAACACAGAACGCACAGUUUGGCAGUACCACUUCAGGGCCUGGCCGGACCACGGAGUCCCCACUGACCCCGGCGGUGUGCUCGACUUCUUAGAGGAGGUCAACCUGAAGCAGGAGAGCAUACUGGACGCUGGGCCUAUAGCGGUACACUGCAGUGCAGGGAUCGGGAGGACAGGAACGUUUAUAGUGAUCGACAUCCUGAUAGACGUGAUCAGGGAAAAAGGGGUGGACUGCGACAUCGACGUGCCAAAGACCAUCCAGAUGGUCCGUUCUCAGCGCUCUGGGAUGGUGCAGACUGAGGCGCAGUACAGAUUCAUCUACAUGGCUGUGCAGCACUACAUAGAAACGUUGCAGAGACGCAUAGAGGAGGAGCAGAAAAGUAAGAUUAAAGGGCGCGAGUACACCAACAUUAAGUACUCUUUGUCUGACCUGACUGGAGGAGAGCAGAGUCCUUUGCCUCCUUGCACUCCUAUUCCUACUCCCACCUGCACAGAGAUGAGGGACGACAGCUCCAGAGUGUAUGAGAACGUGGGUCUGAUGCAGCAGCAGAAGAGCUACAGAUGAGAUUCACCUUUGACCCCAGUGCUCUAUCAGUUCCAGGAUCUUGAUACCUGACAGUUUUUUCGCCAGCCACACCUUGACGCCUGAGACUUGACCGUAAAUGACAUGGAACAAUGGAAAAACACACACAUACAAAAACGUGAGAGACACCAGACACCAGGGUCCUCCUGCUCUCACUCAUCCCACAUGAACAUUUGCCCUCUAGUUGAAUUCUAAACCACUGUGAUGAUCAUCAGAAGAGCCUUUUGAGAAGCCUAAAUCCUACUAAACCACAGUUUCUGGGUUUAGCCUUUGUAAAUCUCACCCCAAACAAGGGCUGCAAACAGAGAGCACUCUCCUCAGAGGGAAAACCUAGCUAACCUUUGCUCAUCUCUUUUUAUUUUAAUUAACCAAAGGAAGGUUAUGUAGAUUGUUUGUAGACUGAAGUGAGGAGUUUUCUGACAAAGGCCUGUGCCAAAACCACGAAUGAUUUAAUCCACAUCUCUCAGCCAAUUAGAAGUCUCUAUUCGGCCUGUUCAGCCUUUUACAUGGUGGGAAACGAGGACAUGUGGACAACAGUGAGGCGAAAUUUCCAGUGAUUAUUGUCUAGUUGUCACUGUUCUAUAGAGUAACGUUUCUGAAUGAAGAACUAUCGGCAUUGUAGUGUGACACCAUAUUUACUGUUGAUUUGUAAUCCACUGACUUCUGAACAUGAAUUCCUUUUUUUUCUGCUCCAGAACUGCCUCGAAGAGAAACUUAAAUUCAGGCUGUUCAGAGUGUGAAUUUUUUUGUUGUCGUCCACAUGGGUUUAAUAUGCUUUUUUUUUUGGUUUGGUUUGGUUUUGUUUUGUUUUGUUUUGUUUGGGGGGGGGGGGGUUACACAGAGUCUGUAAGUUAAACCAUUCCUGAGCUCAAGCCGAAUGCCCUUACUGCUGCACUUUUAUUUAGCAGCAUUAACAGUUACAGUCAAGCCUUGAUUCUCCUGGUGGAUUCAUAAAUAAUGUAACCUGGGGUUUAGACAGAAGUUUCUUCACGCCUGCACUUCUAUGUCAGAGUCAGUGUGAUGACAUAUUAAGAUUUCAGGGGAGUCUGUUGUGUAUCUCAGUUGCAGGCGUCGCCACAGACGCACGGCUGCCAAAAAAACUUUGUUUUUUAAGUUUUUUUUUAAAAGUGCAUAUUACUUUUUUUCAUUCUUCUUGUUUUUGUUUUUUAAGACAAAUGCCUUUUUGUGUACCAUUGCCUAUUUUGAGCACCACAUGUACUUAAUUUUUAAGAGUCACUGUUUUAGGAAGCAGUCACACACCUCUCAGCUUUGGCACUAUAGAUAGUCAUUGUUGUGGUUAGAGAUUGUUGGCCUGUGAUAGUCAGCUGGGUUCAGUAGUUUAAACACACUAACACUCACAGACACACUUUUCUUUUGUCUUUCUGUUCAUGUUAAUCAAACUUAAACAUUUAAAGGAAUAGUUUGACAUUUUGGGAAAUUUGCCCAUUCGCCUUUUUGCCGAGAGUUACAUGAGAAGAUUGAUACCACUCUCAUGUCUGUAAGCUAAGUAUGAAGCGACAGGCAGCAGCGGAUUAGCUUAGCUGAGCUGAGCUGAGCUGAGCGUAAAGACUGGAAACAGGGGAAGGCAGCUAGCCUGGCUCUGUGCAAAGGUAACGCCAUGACUGUGGGUGGAAAAAAUAGCCAUUUUUGAUGAGAAGUUUGAUACCACUUUAAUGUUUGUGUGCUAUAUAUAAAGCUACUGUUGAUUAGCUUAGCUUUAGGGCUGGAAACGGGGAAACAACUAGCCUGGCUCUGUGCAAAGGUGACGCCUUGACUGAGAGGGGAAAAACAGCCAUUUUCAAUGAGAAGAUGGAUACCACUACUGUGUGUGUGUUCUAAAUAAAGAGCUAUAGCCGAUUAGCUUAGCUUAGCUUCAAGACUGGAAACUGGUGGAAACAGCUAACCUGGUUCUGUGCAAGGGUGACACCACGACUGAAGAGGGAGAAAUAGCCAUUUUAAAUGAGAAGAUUGAUACCGCUUUCAUGUUUGUAUGCUAGAUGUAAAGCUACUGCUGAUUAGCUUAGCUUAGCUUUGCUUUAAGACUGGAAACAGGUGGAAACGGCUAACAUGGCUUUGUCUAAAGCUGACCGCAAGACUGUGGAAGACAAAUUAGCCAUUUUUAAUGAGCAAACUGAUACUGCUCUUGUGUUUGCGUUCUAAGUAUAAAGAAACUGCUAGUUAGCUUAGCUUAGCUUUAAGAUUUGUAACUGGUGGGAACGGCUAACCUGGUUCUGUCCUAAGGUGACGCCAAGACUGCGGGGGGAAAAAAUAGCCAUUUUCAAUGAGAGGGUUGAUACUGCUUUCGUGUUUGUAUGCUAAACAUAAAGCUAGGUAGCUUAGCUUAGCCUAGCCUAGCUUAGCAUAAAGACUGGAAACGGGAGGAGGCAGCUAGCCUGGCUCUAUCCAAAGGUGACUGUAAGACUUCAGGGGAAAAGAUUUGACCCUGCUAUUAUGCUUGUAUGCUAUAUAUACAGCUGAUUAGCUUAGCUGAGUUUAGCUUAAAGACAGGAAACAAGCAAAAGCAGAUAGCCCGACUCUGUCCACAGAUAACAAAAUCCACCAACUAGUUUCUCCAAAACUCAUUUACUUUGCCCAUUACUUUUUGAAUUAAUUGUUUUGUCAGUAAAAUGUCAGACAAAACUGAAACGCCCUAUGUAAUCAUCUUCAUCUGUACUCACAGCAGCCACGCCCUUAAUAUUACGCAACUUUAAGCCUUAAUGAAAUACAAAGAGGUGAGUUAUAUAAAAUAAUUCACCCCCUGUACAGUUGUCAUGAACUUGGAAAUUUGCGAUAGAGACCAAAACCGUUUUUGUAACAGGCUGUAAACAUGUUUGUUUCUGCUGUUAAGCUGGACAUUUUAACAUGGGGGUUUCUGGGGAUCGACUCGCUUUUGGAGGCAGCCUCAAGUGGCCAUUAGAGGAACUGCAGUUUUGGCACAUCUGCAUUGGCGUUGGUUUCAUCUUGGUUUUAUCCAACCCACAGUCCAAAAAUCCAAAGCUAUUAAGUUCAUUAUCAGGCAUGACAACGAAAGGUGUCAAACUGUAUUUGAGAAGCAUUAAACCAGCUAAUGUUUGGCUUUUUUGCGUAAAAUUUACUUAAAUAAUUCUGCCAGUUAAUUUUCUAUCAGUCGUCUUAUCUUUGCAGUAUCUUGAGUAUCGAUCUUUUUUUAAAUAGCUCUUGGUGAGAAAGCAAAUUGGUGUAUUUCCCCAAAUGUCAAACUAUUCCUUUAGCUUCAUUUUCACAAUCAGCAGCAGUAUUUAGAAAAGUCUGAUGUUUUGGAUCUGCAUUGUUAUUUCUAGUGAUAAUCCACAACAUUCAUUUCAAACGCGUGGCCUAAGUAUUUUCUUUUCGUCAAGCCUUCCCAUCACGACGCCUUGAGAAGCUGCAGUCUCGAGAUCGAACUCACUGCUGACUCAGAGUCUCUCUGUUGAGAUAAAGGAAAAGAAGCGGCUCUCCUCUUUGCCUUGAGGGACAGUUCUCAACAACCACUGAUCCAGGAUUGAACAGCUUCUUUCUGUAACAUUUAAAAAGAAAAUCAUGAAAUCAGUGUUUUUUCGGGGGCUGCUUCCUCCCACCGGAGGACGUCUGCUAACGCCCGGCUGCUGCUUCACAGCAAGUGUUCUUUGAAAUGAUUCCUCUCCUCCCGGGUGAACGCCAUCCACUGACUGAGAUCUUCUGUAGUGUGGUGUACUGUAUGCAGUUUUAUCGUCACAAAGGGAUGAGUUUGUACUUGUCUCAUGUUUCGUGGAGUGCGUGCUUUGUGGUGUUUUGUGUCCUGUGUGUGCGAGGAUGUGCGUAUGCGUGUGUGUGUGUUGUGAGAGUGCGGCUGCCUAUCAGCCUUACACGUUCUUGGAUACUCUUUUGUUUUUCUUCCCAGAUGAUAAAACUGCUUUUCCAUUUAUCAUGUAAGCAAUUUUAGAUGCAUAGACGUGCCUUCUAUGCAUAUGCCUAUGUGUAUGUGAUAGCUAUUAAAAAAACAAGACAGUGCUCUUUAGUUCCACCGCCAUUCAAGAACCUGUAACACUUAAAUGUGAAUUCUUUCAUCCUGAACAAAAAAAGGAAAAAAAAAAAAAAGGUGAUCGCAAUGCAAACAAACUAUAUUUUUUAACAUGUAUAUUGUACAUGAGUACCUGGUAGAGGAGAAUGUACUUACUAAAACAUAUCUACUUGCCAAUAAGAUAUACUGUAUGUAUAUUCCUACAGCUUUCUCUCUGUGACACAGGGAGGGACCUCUCACAAAGCUUCAGAGGUUUUAUUGUAUGACUUUCAAUGCAGUUAACCAUGUUAACUUCCUCAAUAACAAUAAAUGGCAGGCUCAUGCCUCAUUAAG